AUGCUGUUCAUCGACUACAGCUCAGCAUUUAACACCAUAGUACACUCCAAACUCGCCAUUAAGUUCGAGACCCUGGCCCUGUGCAACUGGGUCCUGGACUUCCUGACGGGACACCCCCAGGUAGUGAGGGACCCACACGCUCCAGAACCCACACGCUCCAGAACCCACACGCUCCAGGACCCACACGCUCCAGAACCCACACGCUCCAGAACCCACACGCUCCAGAACCCACACGCUCCAGAACCCACAUGCUCCAGAACCCACACGCUGCAGGACCCACACGCUACAGGACCUACACUUUCCAGGACCCACACACUGCAGGAGCCACACGCUCCAGAACCCACACGCUCCAGGACCCACACGCUGCAGGACCCACACGCUCCAGGACCCACACGCUGCAGGACCCACACGCUCCAGGACCCACACGCUGCAGGACCCACACGCUCCAGGACCUACACUUUCCAGGACCCACACACACCAGAACCCACACGCUCCAGGACCCACACGCUCCAGGACCUACACUUUCCAGGACCCACACACACCAGAACCCACACGCUCCAGGACCUACACUUUCCAGGACCCACACGCUCCAGGACCUACACUUUCCAGGACCCACACGCUGCAGGACCCACACGCUCCAGGACCUACUCUUUCCAGGACCCACACUCUGCAGGAUCCACACGCUCCAGGACCCACACGCUGCAGGACCCACACACUCCAGGACCCACACGCUUCAGGACCUACAUUUUCCAGGACCCACACUCUGCAGGACCCACAUGCUCCAGGACCCACACGCUGCAGGACCCACACGCUGCAGGACCCACACGCUCCAGGACCUACACUUUCCAGGACCCACACCCUGCAGGACCCACAUGCUGUAGGACCCACACUCUGCAGGACCCACACUCUGCAGGACCCACAUGCUGCAGGACCCACACGUUCCAGAGGAGACAGACUCACAGCUUCAGAUCUGUAUCUUUUACAACACAAGGUUUUCAUCAGCUGAAGGAGAAAGAGAUUGUUAACAGCAGCAGCAGCAACAGUAGUAACAGCAGCAGCAGCAACAGUAAUAACAGAAGCAGCAUCGACAGUAGUAACAGCAGCAACAGCAACAGUAGUGACAGCAGCAGCGACAGUAGUAACAGCAGCAACAGUAGUAACAGAAGCAGCAGCAACAGUAGUAACAGCAGCAGCAGCGACAAUAGUAACAGCAGCAACAGUAGUAACAGAAGCAGCAGCGACAGUAGUAACAGCAGCAGCAGUGACAAUAGUAACAGCAGCAACAGUAGUAACAGCAGCAACAGCAACAGUAGUGACAGCAGCAGCGACAGUAGUAACAGCAGCAACAGUAGUAACAGAAGCAGCAGCAACAGUAGUAACAGCAGCAGCAGCGACAAUAGUAACAGCAGCAACAGUAGUAACAGCAGCAGCAGCAACAGUAGUAACAGCAGCAGCAGCAACAGUAGUAACAGCAGCAGCAGCAACAGUAGUAACAGCAGCAGCAGCGACAGUAGUAACAGCAGCAGCAACAGCGGCAACAGUAGUAACAGCAGCAGCGACAGUAGUUUCAGUAGUAACAGCAACAGUAGUAGCAGCAGCAGUGAUAGUAGUAACAGCAGCAGCAACAGUAAUAACAGAAGCAACAGCGACAGUAGUAACAGCAGCAGCGACAGUAGUAACAGCAGCAGCAACAGUAGUAACAGCAGCAGCAACAUUAGUAACAGUAGCAGCAGCAACAGUAGUAACAGUAGUAACAGCAACAGUAGUAACAGUAGUAACAGCAACAGUAGUAACAGCAGCAGCAGCGACAGUAGUAGCAGCAGCAACAGUAGUAACAGCAGCAGCAGUAGUAACUGUAGCAGCAGCAGCAGCAGCAGUGACAGUAGUAACAGCAGCAGCAGCAACAGUAAUAACAGCAGCAGCAGCAACAGUAGUGACAGCAGCAGCAGCAACAGUAGUAACAGCAAUAACAGCAGCAGCAGCAACAGUAGUGACAGCAGCAGCAGCGACAGUAGUAACAGCAGCAGCGACAGUAGUAACAGCAGCAGCAACAUUAGUGACAGCAGCAGCAGCAACAGUAAUAACAGCAGCAGCAUCAACAGUAGUAACAGCAGCAGCAACAGUAAUAACAGCAGCAGCAGCAGUAAUAACAGCAGCAGCAGCAACAGUAGUGACAGCAGCAGCAGCAACAGUAGUGACAGCAGCAGCAGCAACAGUAGUGACAGCAGCAGCAGCAACAGUAGUAACAGCAGCAGCAGCAACAGUAGUAACAGCAGCAGCAACAGUAGUGACAGCAGCAGCAACAGUAGUAACAGCAGCAGCAACAGUAGUAACAGCAGCAGCAGCAACAGUAGUGACAGCAGCAGCAACAUUAGUAACAGCAGCAGCAGCAACAGUAGUGACAGCAUCAGCAACAUCGCAAAAACCGUCAAGCACUAUGAUGAAACUGGCUCUCAUGGGGAUCGCCACUUCAGAGUGUUCAAGUAA